UUUCUGCCUCUGGUUGUAAUUAUUUAUUUAUAUACGAUUCUAUUAGAAUAAUUUGGAACUCCUGUGGUGGACAAUGGUUGCAAGAAUAAUACUAUGCCAUUGCUGUUUGAAAAAUAUCCAUAAUAACCUAUAUGUUGUUACACUAUGAAUGUCCAAGUUUGUGUGAAUUGUUUUAAUAAAAAGACUGUCAACCAUACGGAUAACCGUCUAGUGACGGAGAGUUGUGGUCAUGUGAAGUGUAUGGACUGUCUUCUCCAUGAGUCAUCCGGCUGCGGAGCGUGCAAGAGAAAUGGCUGUGAGAAAGAUUUAUUGGUGGCAAAGCAAGAGGUGGCUGCUGUUGAGAAGAAUAAGGCUUAUACAGUUUCCGUAGAAUAUGAUGAGCUCUCCCAGGAGGAGCAGGACCUGUGCCAUAAGAAGAAGCUGGAUAUCUCACAUAUUAAAGCAGAGAUAAAUGAUGGCAAAAGAACUUACUUAUGUACAGUAUGCAAGAAGAAAUUCUCUGCCCGAAGCCAAGUGUCCUACCAUGCAUACUGUAAUGGACAGAAGAAGCCAUAUUACUGUCAAGCUUGCAAACAAAGCUUUGCAUCUCAGUCCCAUUACAAGUAUCACUUAAGAACACAUAAUCAAGAGCGCACAUUUUCGUGUGAUAUUUGUGGCCUGACUUUCUAUGACUUGUCCAAGCUCAAGAGGCACACCCUUAAACAUACCAAAGAGAAAAACUACUCGUGCAACGAAUGCAGUAAGGCAUUCAACAACCUCACAGCCCUUCGAAAGCACAUGCUCACACACACGGAGGAACGCCCAUAUGCUUGCGCCCAAUGCGGCCGACGCUUCCGGGACAGCUCUAAUUAUAAGAAGCAUGUCUACAAACAUAAGAGGCUAUGCCAGACAUGUGGCGAAGAGCUCCCAGUAGGGAAGGGUUCGGGAAAGCACCAGUGCCCGCCAGGUGCUGGGGGUCCGCGGGCGCACCCUUGCCCUAGAUGCCGGAAAUCCUUUCACUCCAAAAAGGACAUGCGCCGACACGCUGCUGUACACUCAGAUUCUAAACCAUACAGAUGCAAAAUAUGUCCAGAGGAUCGUCGAUUUCGCCGAAAAGACAACCUAGAAAGGCACGUGCGAAACGCGCACCCUGACUCCUCGCCUUCCACUGCGUUUGAAUGUGACCUUACGGCACUACAAAGCAUAACCGACGCUGGCACCGAAAGUUAUGAGAAAAAUGAGAAGAUUAGAUUAGAAAUACUUAAUCCCCUCCCACCUUUACCUCAAGAAGUUAUCAACAAACACAUUGAAGAUGUAAAUGACAAAGAAUCGAAUAUUAAAAAUAGUGAAAGUGUUAAAGAAACUAAGAUUAGUGAAGUUAGUAAAAUAAGUGACUGUUUAGUGGAUAAAAAGUCGAUAAUCGAAGCUAACAACGCACGCGAGAGUGUAAUAGUCGAAAAACGUAAUACAGACAAUGAAAAAAAGGUGCCAAGUCCAGAAAACGAAUAUGUUCACAAAAUUCGUAAAGCCAUAAUACCGCUACCACCGAUAGAUCAGGAGAAGUUCAGGAGUGUCCAAAGAGGGCACUUGCCAGAUAGCGGGACUACUGCACCUAUAAAGAAUAUGGAGAUUUAUAAGAAAAUUUUGUAUGAGAAGGUGGAAAAAGACACAACAGAGGUGAUACAGAAUCCAAAGAUGCAUUGGAGGAGAAAAAUGGAGCAAGAUACCAAUUAGUAUGUAUCUAUCUGUCUGGAUAGAUAAGAUAUGUAAAGAAAAGGCUGAUAUGGAUGGCAAAGCAAUCCGGACUGGUAAAAUUUGUACUGUUUUUUAAGCACUUAUUUUUUAAUCUAUGAAAUAGUAAACAGGCCAAAUGGUACAAGGAGUUAACAUGGAGAUCUCAAGUCGUAGCAGCAGUGAGCAGUAUACACUGCUAAUCCAAUAACUAAAAAGGGAUAAAACAAACCCUGUGUUCACUAGUCAGGGUUGCAAUCCAGCACCCAAAGCUACGUGUCCCAACCAUUGCUAAUGCAGCUUUGCAAAUCAUUGUGAUGCUUCUAAAGUUUUUAUAUCUGCAUUUAUAUUCAACUAGCAUUUAUUGCGGGAUUUUAGUUUUCCUGGGAUAAAAAUUUUGUAUGUGCAUUUUUUUAUUGUUCAAAGAAGAAUUGAAGGAGAUCCCUAUUUCUUUAAAUAUUUUUCAGGACUUUGAUGUUUUUGCAGGAUGAAAAUAAGUGUAAGUUACUCUCUGCCUUUUCAACUACCUUUAUAUGUAAAAGUCGAUUGGUUGUUACGUUAAGACUUGCAUAAAGGAUUAUGUUUCCUGUUAAAAUAAUAACUAAUGUUCCUGUAAAUCACUCUUGGUAAUUUGAUGUUUUUUCUAGGACCAAAAGUAGCCUAUGUUGCUCCGUCCUUACAACUAACUCUAUGCCAUAAAUCAUGUUGUUUGGUUGUUUAGUUAGGGAUUAGGGUG